UUGUAUAUUUCUUAAUAUAGGCUUUCAAGUUGCAGAGAGCCAAAGAAGAAGGAGAGGUUCACAUGGGACGGUGAUGGAUAUGAAUACGAUGUUGCUUUUAAAGAAGGAGAAACUCUUGUUCCACAGGCAGAGGAACGGCCCAACGGAGAAAGUUCAAUGCUUGUGCUUCACUAGAAGGGAAGAACGGAGAAACUGACGAGGGAGUUAUGCGACGUCGUUUGUAGUGGAGUCGAAACGGGCUUGACCGCUUGAGACGGAGCCAAAACUUGUUUUCGCCUCGAAACGCGUUUUUCUAAUUUGUGAAAAAGACGCCAAAAGGCAUUUUUACCCGCAAAGCGACUGUAUCGUAUGCUGAGGCUGACCCCCCCUUCCAUAGAGAUCGAUCAUACACAGAAGGAUCGAUCUUGAAUUACAUACAGAGGCUUCGAUGUCACUCCUGAAUCAGCUUUUCAACAGAGGAAUUCUUGGCGCGAAAUGCAAAACGUGCUUGAAUUUGGCAAUCUCUCGCAUUAAAUUGCUGCAAAACAAGAGAAGUUUGCAUCUUAAACAGAUGCGCAAGGAGAUAGCUCAAUUUCUGCAGACAGGCCAAGAAGCAAUAGCUCGAAUACGGGUGGAGCAUGUUAUACGAGAACAAAACAUAUGGGCUGCAUAUGAGAUUCUGGAGCUGUUUUGUGAAUUUGUUCUCGCACGUGUUCCUAUUCUCGAAACUCAGAGGGAGUGUCCUACAGAAUUGCGAGAAGCUGUUGCUAGUAUAAUUUUUGCUGCUCCCAGAUGCUCAGAUGUGCCAGAUUUAUUGCAGAUCAAGAACUUGUUUGCUGCAAAAUAUGGGAAGGAGUUCAUAUUGGCUGCCUCUGAGCUGCGUCCUGAUACAAGCGUCAACCGUGCAAUAAUAGAAAAGCUUUCAGUAAGCACUCCAACUGGAGAAGCAAAGCUAAAGCAAUUGAAGGAAAUCGCUCAGGAGUACAAUCUGGAAUGGGAUUCUUCUAACACUGAAGCAGAAUUCAGCAAAAAACACGAGGACUUGCUGGAUGGUUCAAAGCAAGUAUGCAGUGGAGGUGCAAUUUCUCAAGCUCCCUCCAUACAAAGCUCUCUUCAAUGUCCACCUACCAGUGAGCCAAAUGUUAUUUCGAGUAGGACUAUUCAACAGGGAAUCCAAGCCCUUCACUCUCCCAACACGGCCAGCAAGAAGUCAUUGUCUAGUCCUGAUGAAGUUGAACAUUCGAUUAAGAGUUACAAUGCAGGACAAGUAAGUGAUUCUAAGGAGACAAGAUCACAAUCAUCUGACAUCUUGGAGAGAGCUCGAGCUGCUAUUGCCUCUGCAGACCGUGCAUCAGCUGCUGCCCGUGCAGCUGCUGAGCUGGCAAAUAUUACAUUUGGACCAUGGAAGCUAGAGGAAGAGCAGUCUCCAAAGGGCUAAAAUGGAUGGAUUGAGCUCUGAAUUCAGUCCUGGCAUUCCUAAUGCACUCUUCUGUUGUCUAGAAAGUUCUCUGAUGUGUUAGAAGAUGCAUUUUAUUGGUAAUUUUUUUCGGUUUUCUACUAAGAAUUGAAAUUGCCCCUUCAUGUAAAAAUGCACCAAAUGCCCGUUCCUGUCCUACAGUUACUGUUCAAUCCGUUUCCUUGAGUUGGGAAAGAAUGUUCAUGUAACUCAAAUCGACAGACUACACAGCUCUGCUAAUUAUACGCUUUUUAAAUGCAAAAAAUCUGGGAAAUUUUCUGGGGUGUAUGA